UCGCGAUUGUCUUUGCAGUGCUCGGUUCUCGGGUGCUGCCCCGUUGCUUUGUGUGCUCUCUCUCCCUCAUCUACCUACCAGACUUGACACCCAGCAUUACGUCGAGGUGGACAGCCAGCCAGCGGGCAACCAUGGAAGCGAACAAAGAGGUGUUGUCGUCGGCAACCAGGAAGUGUUUCCCUUAGUGACCGUCGGGCCAUGGAGCUGAGAUAACUCCGCCCCCUCUGCUGUGGUAACCAUGGGAACGUCCCGAUGCUUCCGUCUGGCGUUCCUGCUGGGGUCUGUGUUAAUGGUCCUGCUCAUCAUCCUCUAUUGGGACGACGUGGGAGCGCUCAAUCUCUACCCCCACGACCCUCACCCCCACCCCACCUCACCCAGCUCCUCCACACCCACCAAAACCCCACCCAGGGACACAGAGGAGCAAGCGACCCACAAACCCCCCAGAACCACAGAGCCUGACCGGCCUGGAGAGGGGAGGAGGGCGACCCCCAAACCCCCAGGGGAGGAACACCCCCUCCCCCAAGUAACAGACUCCUCAGAGCUGGAGGAGAUGUGGAGAGGAGAGGAAGGGAAGCGAGAAGAGGAGAGAGUGAGGCAGGUGGAGGAGAAAAGAGAGGAGGAGGGGAGGAGACAAGAGGAGAGGAGGAGGAGGAUCAGUGAUAUGUGUUACGGGAACGGAACAUUAGAAUUCCCAGGAAAAUUCCGGACGUUUGACCAGAUUCCCAACCGGGAGUUAAACCACCUGAUAGUAGACGACAGACAUGAGAUCAUCUACUGCUACGUUCCCAAGGUAGCAUGUACCAACUGGAAGCGUGUAAUGGUGGUUCUCUCUGAGGGUCUGCUGGCUCCAGAUGGACAACCUUACCGCGACCCCCAGGCCCUGCCCCCUGACCUCAUACACAACUCCUCCCUGCACCUCACCUUCUCCAAGUUCUGGCGUAGGUAUGGCCGUCUCUCCCGUCACCUGAUGAGGGUGAAACUGCAGAGUUACACCAAGUUCCUGUUUGUCCGCGACCCCUUCGUCCGACUCAUCUCCGCCUUCCGGAACAAGUUCCAACAGCCCAAUGAAGACUUCUACCGCCAGUUUGGCUCCGUCAUGCUACGUCGUUAUGGAAAGGAAAACGGGACCUCCAGGGUUCCGGAGUCAGCGGCGGAGGCGUUGAAAGCGGGGAUCCAGCCGUCGUUCUCGGAGUUCGUCCGGUAUCUCCUCGACCCCCAGACGGAGCAGGAGCAGCCAUUCAACGAACACUGGCGCCAGGUGUACCGGCUCUGUCACCCCUGUCAGAUCCAGUAUGAUUUCAUCGGCACGCUGGAAAACCUGGAGGACGACUCGGAUCAGUUGCUCCGGAUCCUGGGCCUGGAAGACCAGAUAAAGUUCCCGUCUAGCAACCGGAACCGCACGGCGGCCAGCUGGGAACGGGAUUGGUUCGCUGAGGUUCCGGCCGAGUUGAGGAGGAAGCUGUACAGUUUGUAUGAGCCAGACUUUGAGCUGUUUGGGUAUCCUAAACCAGAGAGUCUGCUCCAUCACUGACAAGCUGUUUGGGUAUCCUAAACCAGAGAGUCUGCUCCAUCACUGACAGGCUGUUUGGGUAUCCUAAACCAGAGAGUCUGCUCCAUCACUGACAGGCUGUUUGGGUAUCCUAAACCAGAGAGUCUGCUCCAUCACUGACAGGCUGUUUGGGUAUCCUAAACCAGAGAGUCUGCUCCAUCACUGACAGGCUGUUUGGGUAUCCUAAACCAGAGCGUCUGCUCCAUCACUGAUAGGCUGUUUGGGUAUCCUAAACCAGAGAGUCUGCUCCAUCACUGACAGGCUGUUUGGGUAUCCUAAACCAGAGAGUCUGCUCCAUCACUGACAGGCUGUUUGGGUAUCCUAAACCAGAGAGUCUGCUCCAUCACUGACAGGCUGUUUGGGUAUCCUAAACCAGAGAGUCUGCUCCAUCACUGACAGGCUGUUUGGGUAUCCUAAACCAGAGAGUCUGCUCCAUCACUGACAGGCUGUAUGGGUAUCCUAAACCAGAGAGUCUGCUCCAUCACUGAUAGGCUGUUUGGGUAUCCUAAACCAGAGAGUCUGCUCCAUCACUGACAGGCUGUUUGGGUAUCCUAAACCAGAGAGUCUGCUCCAUCACUGACAGGCUGUUUGGGUAUCCUAAACCAGAGAGUCUGCUCCAUCACUGACAGGCUGUUUGGGUAUCCUAAACCAGAGAGUCUGCUCCAUCACUGACAGUCUGUUUGGGUAUCCUAAACCAGAGAGUCUGCUCCAUCACUGACAGGCUGUAUGGGUAUCCUAAACCAGAGAGUCUGCUCCAUCACUGAUAGGCUGUUUGGGUAUCCUAAACCAGGGAGUCUGCUCCAUCACUGACAGGCUGUUUGGGUAUCCUAAACCAGAGAGUCUGCUCCAUCACUGACAGUCUGUUUGGGUAUCCUAAACCAGAGAGUCUGCUCCAUCACUGAUAGGCUGUUUGGGUAUCCUAAACCAGAGAGUGCUCCAUCACUGACAGGCUGUUUGGGUAUCCUAAACCAGAGAGUCUACUCCAUCACUUGAUACCUUACACAUGUGGCUGAGAACCGUGGAUUCGAACCCUUUAUACAUGCAAGCCGCCGCAAGGCUGUGCUGUUAGCCCACUGAGCUAAAGCCUAGGCAUUAACUUGGGGAGCUAACACAACCCUUUAGCUCUCCACGAUCAGGAGAGAAGAACCAUUUAAGUGUUUUCUUUCUAAAGGGAAUAGUGCUGUAAAAAACUUUUUUAAAUAAAGUUUUUUGGGGAAAUAAAUUGCUUAGUCAUUUGUGUGUGUUUUAUCCCACUUUCACACAGAGAGUAGAGUUCAAUUGUAUAUCAUUAUUAUUUAUUUAUAAAGGUAGGUAAUAUUUUAAGGUCAAAUUCUUAUUUACAAUGACGGCCUACCAAUUGUGUGUCGCCCUAUGGGACUCCCCAUCACAGCUGGAUGUGAUACAGCCUGGAUUCGAACCAGGUACUGCAGUGACACCUCUUGCACUGAGAUGCAGUGCCUUAGACCGCUGUGCCGCUCAGGAGCCAUGACAUGUGGCAGAUACACUGGACCAAAUGUUUAGUAAUGUAUCACUGCAUGUCUGCCUCACUCUUUAAAAUGAAUGCAGUUAUUUGGUAAAAUUGAAUAAAUGUUUUGACGAUUUUG